AUGGUUCAACUCGCUUCCACCCUCGUCGCUGGCCUGGCAGGUCUUGCCAGCGUCGUCUCUGCGCAUCCGGGCCACGACGUCAAGGCCGAGGCCGCCGAGCGUGCCGCUUUCCUGAAGAACGCUCCUCUCCGCUCUCGCAGCCUGGACCAGUGCGCUACCAAGCUGCGUGCUCGCGGCCAAGAGCAGCGCAACAUCGCCCGUCGUGAGCAGGCCGUCAAGAACCUGCGCCGCAGCAUGGGCCUGCAGUCCCGCUCCCACUUCCUCAAGGCCAGAGACCUUGAUACCGCCCUCAACACCACUCACCACUCCACCCAGGAUGUUGAUCUCUCUACCGACCCCAACGUCCUCUUCGCCGACGAGGCCACCUGCAUCCUCGCCCCGGACGUCACCCAGGGACCCUACUACGUCUCUGGCGAGCUGAUCCGUAACAACAUCGUCGAGGACCAGGAGGGUGUCCCCCUCUACCUGGACAUCCAGUUGAUUGACACCAACACCUGCGAGCCCGUUCCCCAGGUCUACCUGGAUUUCUGGCACUGCAACGCCACCGGUGUCUACUCGGGCGUCGUCGCCAGCGGAAACGGCGACAGCGAUGACGAGAGCAAUAUCGACUCGACCUUCCUCCGUGGUCUCCAAAAGACCAAUAACGACGGUAUCGUCCAAUUCCAGACUAUCUUCCCCGGUCAUUAUACCGGCCGUGCUACCCACAUCCACGUGCUCACCCACCCGGCCAACGAAACCUCCGUUCUGCCCAACGGAACCAUCACCGGCCUGUACAACACCAAGACCUCCCACGUAGGCCAAAUCUUCUUCGACCAGGAUCUCAUCUCCGUCGUCGAAGAGACAAGCCCUUACUCCACCAACACCCAGGAACUGACCACCAACGCUGAGGACUCCAUCCUCGCCGAGGAAGCCGACACCAUCGACCCCUUCGUCGAGUACGUUCUCCUCGGUGACGAUGUCUCUGAGGGUGUCUUCGGUUGGAUCUCUGUUGGUAUCGAUGCCACUCAGGAUACCUCUGUUACCGCUGCUGCGUACCUUACCGAGGAUGGUGGUGUCGAGAACGAGAACUCCGGUAUGGGUAUGGGUGGUGGUGGUGGUCCUCCCAGUGGUUCUGGAGUUCCUUCUGGAGUUCCUUCUGGUGCUGCCCCUUCCGCUAGUGCCUCUGCUUAA